AUGUUCCACCAGCUGAAGGAUCCAGCUGUAAAUGGCAGCUGCCUCGAACCCUCGUCAGCCUGCAAUACGAGCGCUGAUGGUUACGCACUCCAGCUGCCCACUUUCACCACCGCGGCCAAAGUCAGAGUAAUCAUCACUUUCACUUUGUGCGCAGUGUCAGCUGUGUGCAACUUGGUCGUGCUGUGGGCUUCCUUUAACGGAGGCAAGCGCAAGUCGCACGUCAGGAUCCUGAUAAUGCACCUGACGGUGGCGGACCUGCUGGUGACUUUCAUCGUGAUGCCUGUGGACGCGGUGUGGAACAUCACUGUGCAGUGGCAGGCGGGAGAUUUCCUCUGCAGGCUGCUGAUGUUCAUGAAACUGGUGGCGAUGUACUCCUGCGCCUUUGUAACUGUUGUCAUUAGCUUGGAUAGACAGUCUGCCAUUCUCAAUCCUUUGGGCAUCAGUGAGGCGAAAAGGAAAAGCAAAAUCAUGUUGACUGUGGCCUGGACGAUGAGUGUAAUCCUCUCGCUCCCUCAGGAAUCAUGA